ACCAAAUGAAGGCAUUUUAUGAAAUGAUGACCUUGACAUGACCACAUCCUCUUCUUUCUUCACAAUUAUUUUUUUGUAUAGUUUGCCAUAAUAAUGAGUAUAUUUUCGAAUCCCAUAAAGUAAUCACUUAACAAGUUUUUUCUUUUUACUAUGUUACGACUUCGACCCUUUCUUUCUUCAACGUACCACAAAUAAUAAGAAGAAACUCUAGCCUUUGUACCAAUCAAAAGAAAAAAAAAAAGCUUGAGUUUUGGGAAGUAAUGGCGGUUGAGGCUGAGAUUGAUCGGUUGCCAAUUGAUUUGUUAGCUCAUAUCUUUGUUCUCAUAACUUCUUUUACUGAUUUGGCCCAGGUGAGCAGUGUUUGCCGGAAAUGGAGAAAAGGGGUUACUCAGUCUUUGGGUGGAAGACACAAUUUGAGCUUUGCUGGCUGUAAAAUGGACGAUGUUUCUACUGCUCGUCUAGUCCGCCAUGCUUAUAGCCUCAAAGAGCUUGAUAUUUCAAGAAGCCGUUGGGGUUGUCAGAUCUCUGACAAUGGACUUUACCAAAUAUCUUUGGCGAAGUGUGUCAGUAAUUUAACCUCCAUAUCCUUAUGGGGUAUGACUGGAGUCACAGAUAAAGGUGUUGCUCAUUUGAUAUCAAGAGCUAAUUCAUUGCAGCAUCUGAAUAUUGGUGGUACAUUUAUCACAGAUGAGUCUCUGUUUGUCAUUGCAGAUAAUUGUUCACACCUAAAGACUAUAGUACUUUGGAGCUGCCGUCAUAUAACAGAGAAUGGGCUUGUUGGUCUUGUAAAUAAAUGUAGAAAGUUAGAGGUGAUCAAUGUAUGGGGCACCAGAGUUCCUGUAGACUGUUUCAUUGCUUUGCUUACUAUUAGUCCUGCUCUUCAGAUCAAAUCUCGAGGACUGCUUUUAAAUGUUGGAAAUCCUCCUAUUCAACAAGCUGUUGUAUGAAAAAAGAAGAAGGAGAAGAAGAAGGUAUCCAAUUCUUGUGAUUGUUUUUGAAAAUGGUUUGGUGUAUGGUGCAAGUGUAUCUUCAUUAAGAACAACAUUUUAUAACAAAAAUAUUAUAUCAGAGUGCAUAUUGAAGCUCUGUCUUUGUAUAGUCCACAUGCAAUUUGUGUAUUCUUUUAUGAAUUUAUGAACAAAGCUUCAUAUGUUAUUAUUGUUAUGUAA